AUGGAUGAAGGCACGUCUUCUCGUCCGACAGAAACCCCCGAAGGCUCUGCUGGUGGGGAUGAUAACAACGCCGCCUCGGCUGCAUCGAAGAACCCGGCUCUGAAGGAUCGGAAAUGCCAGUAUUGCCAUCAAGCGUUCACCUCUUCGUCCCUCGGUCGCCAUCUGGAUCAGUUCCUCUUUAAGAAAAAGCCAGACGGCGUUCACGAUGUCGAGGAGAUCCGGCGCAUUCGGAGCGGCAUCACUCGGCGACAGGCCCGUACCUCGUCUGGUAGACGGGAUACCCCCGAGCGAGCUACGAGCAAAGGCCAGCAGGACACGUACAAUGCCGGCGAAUCGGGGAUAAAAUCACGCGAGGGCGCGUAUAGAAUGAUGUUCAACACGCCCACGUGGCAUGCGACCGGAGUGAUCAACGAUAUUCCCAACCCAAGCCAGUCGCAAGAUAGUAGCUCGUCUCAGUCGCGCAUUGCGCCCUCGCAGUCACGGACUGGACCCUUCUCGUAUCCAGAAAGAGGUGGUUCAAACAACCCAGACACCAUGAGGGCAUUGGAGCUGGCAUUGCGCGAGGUCCUGGACAACAUCAAAGCCGCAACUUCAAGAAUGCGCCCUAGACUCUCCCCGUUCGACUUCGACAUUCAGACUCAAACAUUCCCUUCCCUCUGCUUGCAGCUGCUGCCUCCUCCACCCAGUCUUUUCGCAACAAGCCCAUUCCCAUCUCCCUCGUCAUUCCCCCUCCAACCUCCAGGAGUGGAACAUCUCGACAUCAUUCGACAGGCGCUUCGCGCAAAAAUCGACCAAUGGCAAUCCGACCAGCGAACCGCCGAGUCCAACAGCAACUCCCAGUCAGGAAGACCAAGCCUCGGCUUAGACUCCAACAUGAUCGGUCGGAGUGCGCAGCAACAUGAAGAACUAAGUCUGAGACACCUGGAGCUGGCAUUCAAGCACUGGGUCUCAAUGCCUACGGAUGCCCGGAGAGACGCAUGGCAGCUUGAAAUCACUCGCGCAUUCGCCAGGGAAAUGGAGAAGCGAAAGUCUCUCGACGACCAACUCGCGCGCGUCCAACAGGAGGCGAACCAACUUCGCGCCCAGGUAGAACGCCUAGGUUCCUGCCAAUGGCCGAGGGAAUUUGCAAUCUUCCCUCCCGACACGCUCCCACUACCACGGGACGUAGCCAGGGAACUCGACACAAAAGAGAGCCAAAUCAGCCCGACCUCCUCUCGCUGGGACUACGACAACGUCGUCGCAAAAUGGAAACGAGUCGUCAUGCACGACAGAGGCAUGGGCCGCGUCGGUAUCGGCCACGCAAACAACUUACAGGAAGACUACCACGGCACAGAAAACAGACACACCAUCACCGACGAGUCAACCCGCUCCAGGACCUUAAACCCCCCGCCAGCACUGAGCCCCGGCCCAUCGCCCUCAAACACCAGCGUUGGCGGCGCCUCCGCUCCCCCAAGUCAACAAACCUCGCCCUACCUGCAACACGACCACACCCGGAGCCCUGAUGCAGGCCCGCAAGUCAAACGACCACGCCUGAUGAACGGCCAUCACACCAGCAACGCGCCACACGUCCCCGACAGCGGCCCCAAUUCCACCCCCACGAAUCAGGGACCCCCCAGUGCGCCUAGCAGCUCCUGGACAACCGCCACCACCGCCCAAACACCCAUCAUAACUUCCAAUUCUGCCAACCAUGCAGGUCCUACGCCCCCGCCUUCUUGUUCUGGAUGA